AGAGAGACAGGCGCUCUCAUCAGUGACGGGCUCACCGGCUGCGUGGACAGAGCUGUGGCGCAGGAGGAGGAGGAGAGGUGCAACGGGAGGACAAGCUGCCUGAAAACCGGCGCAAAAAAAGAGAGGAGCAGACCGCCGGAGACCACGAGAGAGGGAGGAGAGAUCACUGAGGGGGAGAGAAGUCAUUCGGAGCAAGGGGAGCUGGAGGAAGCAGACAAGGACACUGAGGGAGGAAAGUGCACAGAGAAGCCUUUCCUGACGACGGGGAGAAGUGAGGGAGUGCGUGCACAAAGUGGAGGAAGAAGAAGAGGAGGAGGAGGAGGAGGAGGAGGAGGAGACGGUGCCUGACAGGAGGUCGAGCUUUCAGGGCUUGACUGACACGAGAGCGGAGCGGAGGAGGAGGAGCGUGAGGGCAAGUUGAUGGAUUUGAUAUGGGGGAGAGUAUUUUUAGAAGGAGGAGCAGGAGACAUGAGAGGAAUAUUGAGAUUAGAGAUGCUGCCUUUGAGUGGGGGAGAAAAAACUAGAGAGGAGGAAGAAAAAGAAGAAGAAGAGAGAGAGUAACAGGAGACAGAGAAAAGGGGGAGAGAUGUUGAGAUCAGAGUGUGACAGAACAGAUUAUCUCUGGUCUGGUUUCCCCGCAGCAAACCGCUGUGAGUGUGUGUCCGUGUUUGCGCAUGAGUGCCUCCAUGUGAAAGUGUGUUAGCAUGGUUCUCACUGUGACUGUGGCGCUGAGAAGCAGGUCCGCUAAGAGAUGAAGCUGCCCUGUGGUUACCUGCAGGACUUAGUGACACUGGUUAAAGCAAAGUGUGGGGGGGGGGGUGAGGCAGGCAAGGAGACGACCAGUGACAUCACGAAGAAGCCGAGGCAUCAAAAGUGAGAUCGCAAAAGUGGGACCAAUGAGCACUGGAGACUUUUGUGAAUUCUAUUAAAGCUUGCUCUUAAUAGUGACAAGGAACUGAUUGCCGCCUUUGGCUCCCGAACGCUUCCGUGAGCCAGUGCAGCCGAAAAAACACACUCGCGUAACUCAGAAGAAGAGAAACUACGGCGCUGGAACAAGGCAAGCUCUCCUCUAACAGACCGCACCACACCGACCAAUUCCCUCCGCUGUCGUCUCAUUAUUUUAAUUACCUUCUCUUCUUCCAUUUGUUGUAUUUCUUCCCCCCUCUCUGCUUAGCCCUUGGUAUUUUGUAUUCUAUCCUCCUCUCUGCCUCUCUCGUCCCCUCCCUCUCCCUCUCGCCUUCGCUCUCUCUGUCUCAUCCUUUCUUGUUCACUGUCACACGAACUGCGGUGGAUGCUGUACUCACUCAUGUAGAAGCCGCCUUGCUUGGAGCACAUUUGCCUAGUUGAAUUUUUUUCCCCCUUCCCCUGCUGAGUUGGAUGAUUGGAGCACUCUCGGAUUGAGAGACCGUGGAGAGUUGACCAACAAGUAGCUGCUGCCGAGUUGAUCUGAGCCCUACCAGUAGAGGAAGGAUGACUUCAAAACACACAGAUUUCCUUUGGGUUACUUGUGGGUACUACGUCUGCAUUUAGUAUCUCUACUGUUAAGCCUGCAUGGACCAUUAGUACAAUAUUUAUAAGGCCAAACACACAUCCAAGUGUGGAUUACAGUAGUGGAUUUAUCCUGGAGCUAUAUGUGGGCUCCAGCCCCUGAGGCCUGGCUGGGAAAUGAAGCCUUUCCCGCGGCUGUAGGAGCGCUGUGGGCAGCUAUGGCCCUGGAGGGGCGCUGUCUCCGGCGGGGGUCCCCUGCUAUGCUCAGAAAGGGUCGUCAGCGGCGUCCUACAAAGCCAACUCUGGCUCGGGUCACUUCCACUCUGCUAUCAAGGACACGCCUGCACGGCCUGAGGCACGUUUGCGUCCCUGGUGGGUCUGUGGGCCGCCGGGCCUUUUGGCUCCUGGCCCUCUGCACCUCCCUGGGGCUGCUUUUAUCCUGGUCCUCCAACCGCCUACUGCACUGGCUUUCUUUCCCCACACACACACGAAUCCACACAGAGUGGGCCAAAGAACUGGCCUUCCCCACAGUCACUAUCUGCAACAACAACCCGAUCCGCCUCUACAAGCUCACCAAGAGCGACCUGUAUUUCGCUGGCCACUGGCUGGGCCUACUGCUGGCUAACCGGACAGUGAGGCCCAUGAUCAUGGACUUGCUUCAAGAGGACCGUCAGGCCUGGUUCGGGAAGCUGUCGGACUUCAGGCUCUUUCUGCCGCCCAGGAACUUUGAAGGAACCAACCUGGAGUUUAUGGACAGACUGAGCCAUCAACUGGAUGACAUGCUCCUCUCGUGCAAAUACAGAGGAGAGCCCUGUGGCGCUCACAACUUCUCUUCUGUGUUCACCAGGUACGGGAAAUGCUACAUGUUCAACGCUGUAGAGGAAGGGAAGACGCUCCGCACCACCAUGAAGGGAGGGACAGGAAACGGCCUGGAGAUCAUGCUGGACAUCCAGCAGGACGAGUACCUGCCGGUGUGGGGAGACACAGAGGAUACAGCCUUCGAGGCAGGUGUGCGUGUGCAGAUCCACAGCCAGGCGGAGCCCCCGUUCGUUCACGAGCUGGGUUUCGGCGUGGCCCCUGGCUUCCAGACUUUUGUAGCCACACAGGAGCAGAGGCUGACCUACCUGCCUCCCCCGUGGGGAGAGUGCGAAUCGAAGGCUCUUGAGUCGGGCUUUUUCCAGGUCUACAGUGUAACUGCCUGCAGGAUUGACUGUGAAACACGCUACAUCGUAGAGAAUUGCAACUGCAGGAUGGUGCACAUGCCUGGCGAUGCUUCUUACUGCACGCCUGAGCAGUACAAAGACUGCGCCGAGCCUGCCCUUGCUAAACUGUCGGCUGUGGAGAGCAGUAACUGCAUGUGCAGGACGCCGUGCAACAUGACCCGCUACAACAAAGAGCUGUCCAUGGUCAAAAUCCCCAGCAAGACCUCGGCCCGUUACCUGCAGAAGAAGUUCAACAAGUCGGAGAAGUACAUCACAGACAAUAUCUUGGUGUUGGAUGUGUUCUUUGAGGCUUUAAACUACGAGACCAUCGAGCAAAAGAAAGCUUACGAGGUGGCAGGCUUGCUGGGUGAUAUUGGAGGCCAGAUGGGUCUGUUCAUUGGAGCCAGCAUCCUGACCAUCCUGGAGCUGUUUGACUAUGCUUAUGAGGUGGUGAAAGACAGGCUACUGGAUUUACUGAGCAGAGAGGAGGAGGAGGAGAGUCAUGGAGAGGAUGUCAGUUCCUGUGACCCGGUGGCAAACCACUCGGAGUCCAUCAGCCACACUGUGACAGUCCCCCUGCAGACAACGCUGGGCACCUUGGAGGAGAUUGCCUGCUGAGGCCCUCCACCCUUGUCCCUCAGAGCCACACACACCCAGAGGCUGCCUCCACUUGGUGGCACCACAUCCUCUGUUAGGGCAUCCUGCAGGUCCCUAACAGGGGAGGGAGGACAAAAACAGGGACUGGCCUAAGGACAGUGUUGCACUCUGUCAAACCGCCCUGUCUGAGGCACUAAUGGGGAUUAAGGAGCUGUCAGCCGGACUUAUCGGCCCUCUCUGUCAGCCUGCACUGCACUGUGGCCUCCAUUGUGCCAGACCAGUGCAGUGGGAUCCGUGUCUCCACAUACAGAGAAAAUCAGAGACUAGGUGGGACAGCUACCCAUGAAGGGGGAUCACCCCCUGUGCAGCAUAUGUAACAAACACAUUAAUAUGUCGCUCACUGCCAAAUGAACUGUACAAACUUGGUUUUGAACAUGCAUGCGUCAAUCUAUCUUGCUCUCUUUGCUGAUGCAUAUGCUGGACUGCAGUGUUGCUUUACUGUACAUGUGUGCCGUUUGUCUCUCUCUCUCUAUCUGCAGGAAAGGCCUGUGACGAAGGCCCAGGUGAGAUAUCAAACUUCGAAUGUACAGAUUGAACUUAUGGUUGUUUAAAAUCAUAGUUCAGAUGAGAUCAUACCCUCGGAAAUCUAUUCUAAACAGCAAUUUAUUAUUUAUUAUUUAACUGUCUUGGAGGGGAAGGUGGUUGGUGAUGCAAGACUAUUACUGAGGGAAGAAAACAAAACAAAUUUGAUCAAUGAAAAUAGUGAAAUCUGAAUAUUUUGCAGUCUGCAUAUUCUUUUCACCCGUCGGAUUCAGUUUAGUCAGUUUACUAAAAGGCAUGUUUGCUAUGUGACUCCAGGGGUGUUAAGCCGUUCCCUACAGAUAUCUCUAAAGGGAUGUCGUACUCCUACUGUCAAUUUAUAUGAAUAAAUUGCUUCUAGCUGCUGCACCUCAACCCAACACACGUCUAAGAGUUAGAAUCUGAAUUUAUUUGCUUGCCAGACAGCCAUGUACAAAAUACCGCUACAAAUGAAUACGCCCAGACUGUUGUCAAACCAUUAUUUCAUUAAGAGAAUGUUAUUUCAGACGGCUGUUACCACUUUAUCAAAGGUGGCAUUAUUUUUUGUUUCACCAAAAAAAAAAGAGAUCUUAUAAAUGAUGACAAAGCACCAUGAGGAGGGUUUAGCUGGGAUGUGUUUUUGGGAAACAGGGUGAUGUGGUGUAAAUGUGUUUUUGUUUCGGGUACCACGCAGACCUGAAUCAUAUUUAAUCUAAAAUAAAUCCAGUAGAACAUUCACUCCAGGUACAGAAGUGACUUCAUAUUUGUCACAUUUUUUUUCAUGUUACUCUUUAGGUGAGAAUGUUAUGUAACGGGCAGUAGCAUUUAGAUGGAAGUUGAAUGUCAUGCUUACCACGAAGGACACAUUUUUGUAUGAGCACCAGGCUUCCUUUCCAAUACAGGUCUCUCUGAACCUUCAGUGUCCUCGGAAAGUUACAUAAUACGGCUUCACACCAAAAGCUUGUGUGAGAUCAAGUGAAAGAUUUAGUGCGUACGAGUCCAUGGUCAUCCUAGCUUGGUCGCUAUCAUCAUGGUAAUGUACAUUACAGGUAGGAAUGAAUUCAAGUGCUUUGUGAGACUAUUUGAAUUAUGAUUUCCCAUCUGUGGCUCAACCUGCUGUCUGUGUGUACUAUUUUAUGUUGUGGCUUCAGACGGACACAAUCUCCAGCCGACCUGCAGGGGUGUGAGACUUAACGUGUCUCUCGUCUCUUCAUGGUAACGACACUGGCUGAUUCUUGGCUCUACUUUGGCUUCAAUUGUUAUCGCAGGACAGCGUUCUCUCAUUUUGUGAUGCCGCAUACAGUGUGUGUUUUUAAUGUGAAACAAUUCAAUUAAAAAGUUGUUUUGCAGUGAUGGCGUCAUGUUGUGACAAGGCUGAGCAAGGCAUGGCGAUAUUUUCUAACUCACACUAAACACAAAUACAGGUGAAUUAAAUGAAUUGAAUUAAAUUAAUUUUGCUAGUAUUUUCUGUAACUAAAACCUCAUGAAGGUUCUCGACUAAAAAGUCAAAUGAUUAACAAAGUUAUUAUACUGUUUGGAUUCUCCAGGAGGAGACUCAAACAGGAAAAAUGUCAAUGUCAUGAUGAUCCUAGGAAAAGUCAGGGGAUCUCCAGCAGGAUUUGUCUUUUGGGGAUCAUGAAUGUAUGUACAAAAUGUCAUAAUGAUCCAUUCAAUAAUUGUUGAGAUACUUCAGUCUGGACCAAAUGGUUGGACAGACAGAGCAGGAUUACCUCCCUAGAGCCAUGCCACUAGCGUGGCAAAAUAGAAAUAAAUAAAAGAGAUGAGAUAUGAUAUGAAUAAGCUGAUAUUAAAUAAAACUGAAUAAACAGAAAAAUAAAAUAGCAUAAGUGCAGUGAGGGGUAUGAAUAGCCACAAUUGUAUUCUAACAAAAUGCAUUGGUAAACUGAAGAGUUUUAAGCCCAAAUGUAGACGAACCAAGAGUCUGAGUGCUUGUGUAGCCCAGUCUUCCUCUGUUAAAGUGUCAUUUCUUGGGAGGUUGGGAGUGUGACCUGUGAACUGACGCAGGGACAUUCUCAACUAGAGAAUGACAACCCCUGCAAAAAAAACAACUGGAGAAUAACAAGCCAAGCUGGAUCAAAUGUAGCUUGGCAAGGUGUAAUUUCCCUCUGACAUCCGUGCUACAUGCACUUAAUAUUGGCUGAAGUAUUCCCCCAUUCAGCCUCAAAUGAUUACAGCAGCUUGGACAAUGUAGGGGGGCACGCCA